AUGGUCGCCGAAAACACGGCCGCUAACCCAGAUCUGUUCGAGAAGGAGGUGAAUAUGUGGGUGUACGAGGAGAAGAUCGAGAUCCCCAAGUCGUCGAGGCACUACAGCGAGUCCUCGCCUCUGUGCAAGGGCGAGCAGAACCUGACGGAGGUCAUCAACCAACUGCACGAGAACAUCAAGUACCUGCCAGACAUCACUCUGCCCGACAACCUGCGCGCCAACCCGUCCCUGGUCGACUCGGUCAAGGAUUCCUCCAUACUGGUCUUCAAUCUGCCCCAUCAGUUUAUCAACGGGGUCUGCAAGAGCCUCAAGGGCCAUAUCCUUCCCUACGCCCGUGGAAUAUCCUGCAUAAAGGGGGUGCAUGUCGACGAGGAGGGCGUCAGCCUGUUCUCGGAGAGCAUUGGCAAGCAGCUGGGCAUCUACUGCGGUGCCUUGUCGGGAGCCAAUAUCGCCUCCGAGGUUGCAAAGGAGCUCUACUCCGAGACCACAGUUGCCUAUGACCCCCCUCACAUGGACUCCAAGGCUCCCACGCCGCUCAACGGGUCGCCGUCUUCUUCUGCCGUCGACCUGGCCGAGUUCAAGCACAAGGAUAGCUCGGGGAAGCUUUCCAAAGUCAACCUACGCCCCAUGCCUUCUGACUUCCCACCGGUAGACCAUUCUCUGUUGAAGACCCUCUUCCACCGGCCUUACUUCCAUGUCCGAGUCGUCCAUGAUGUUGCCGGUGUCUCCCUCGGUGGUGCAUUGAAGAACAUAGUCGCUCUCGCUGCUGGAUACGUCGACGGUCUCGGUUGGGGAGACAAUGCCAAAGCAGCUGUCAUGAGAGUCGGUUUGCUGGAGAUGGUGAAGUUCGGCACUACCUUUUUCAAACACUCUGUCAACGCUGAGACCUUCACAGUUGAAUCCGCCGGUGUUGCCGACCUGAUCACCUCCUGCAGCGGAGGCCGUAACUUCAGAUGCGCCAAGUACAGUGUCGAACGCAAGCUGCCUAUUGAGGAGGUAGAGAAGCAGGAGUUGAACGGACAGAAGCUGCAGGGCACUUUGACAGCCGUGGAAGUCAACAACUUUCUGAAGAAACAGGGACUCGAGGAUGAAUAUCCUCUGUUCACUGCUGUCUACCAUAUCUUGAAGGGAGAGGCCAAAGUUGAAGAUAUCCCUGGUCUCAUCGAACCGAAAUAG